AUGCGAUGUCAUUAUGAUGUGUUAGAGGUUGAUUGUAAUGCCGAUGAUGAUACGAUCAAAAAGGCCUAUCGAAAGUUGGCUCUCAAAUGGCACCCUGAUAAGAAUCCAAGUAAUGUGGAGGAAUGUACUAGGUAUUUUGCGUUAAUACAACAGGCAUACGAUAUUUUGAGUGAUCCACAGGAAAGAGCUUGGUAUAAUCGACAUAGAGAAAGCAUUCUGAAAGGAGGAAUUGAUGAACAUUAUGAAGACAACAGUCUCAAUUUAUUUCCUUACUUUACAUCAACUUGUUAUUCCGGUUUUGAUGACAAUCAUAAGAAUUUUUAUGAUGUAUAUAGACAAGUUUUCGAGACCUUGGCAUCUGAAGAUUAUGAAUUCCUGGACGGAAAAUUUGAAGAAUAUCCAAGCUUUGGUGAUGAGAACAGUACUUAUGACGAUGUAGUUGGUCCUUUCUAUGCAUUCUGGGGAAGUUUCUGCACCGUCCGGUCAUUUGCAUGGCUAGACAAAUUUGACAUACGUGAUGCUUCAAAUCGUCGUGUCGUUAAAGCGAUGGAGAAAGAAAACAAAAAAUUAAGGGAAGCAAGUAAACGUGAAAGAAACGAAGAAAUUCGGGCUUUGGCUGCAUUUAUACGAAAACGAGAUCCGCGAGUUCGUGCACAUAGAAAAGAGCUGGAAGAGAAGCGGUUGGAACAAGAAAGAAAGACAGAAGAAAAUAGGAGACUGAAAAUUCUGGAACAAUUAAGUCAAGCUAAGGAAUAUAAGGAGUCGGAAGAGGUACGACAGUCGCAGCUAGAGAAUUUACGUGAAAUUGAGGAAGCUUUGGAUGUUGAAUUCGGAAGUAGUAAUGGCAAAAGUAACAUGGAAUUUCAUGAAGAAUCGGACUUUUACUGUGUAUUUUGUGAAAAGGUAUUCAAAACUGAAAAGGCAAUGAGCAACCACAAGAGAUCGAAAAAACAUAAGGAUACAGUUGUACUGUUAAAGAAGCAUAUAAAGGAGGAUGAUGCCUACAUAUUAAUGGCUGAUGAAAAAGAUAUUGAAGAUGAGGAAGCCGAAAGUAAAAAGAAGUCAGGAAAGCAAAAACGCAAAGAACAGAGAAAAAGUGGAUAUGAUUCUGAUAAAAGUUGGGUAGAUGAUGGAGGCGAGCCAGGCACGUCGGAGAAUGAAACGAAUGAAAUGUUUGUUAAAAAUGAUAUUGAGUCGAAUGGCGAGAAAUAUGUUGCAAACUCUGAUGAGACAAAUAUAUUCUUGAAAAUGUCCAAAGUUUCAAAAAGAUCGCGACCUGACAAUAAAGCUCGGAGAUGUAAAGAAGGAACUGCUAAAAGUAAUGCGACGGAAGAUACAAAACCAAAAAAAUGUACAUGUGAUUGCUGUGGUGAAAUUUUCGAAUCUCGGACAAAAUUAUUUGCUCAUUUGAGGAAUUCCGGUCACGCGACACUGAAAUCACUUCCUGUUACAUCUUCAGCAAAAACUAAAACCAAUAGGAUUAAGAAAAAGUGA